AGAAGAGCUGCUGUCGAAACGCCGAUAACAUAUUUUACUCCCGUUUGUAAUAAACACAUUUCGGAUUAUUUUACGGAUUUAUAAAUGCACAUUUCAAAGGGAGCAUUACACACAUUUUUACGGAUUAUCCAUGGAGAGAUUGGAAUUUUGAAGUUUCCUCCAGCAGGAACUGGAUUGACGUCUUAAUGCAACUCUUUUGGAACGAGACUAAGGGCAUCUUGACAAAGACUCCAAGUAAAAAGUUUUACGGUGACAUCCCGUUCUCGCCGGGCACAGUAGGUGUUUCGGCUUCUCUCGGCUCCACUGGGGAGAUGUUUCAGGGGUUCCCCGGAGACCCCGAUACCGGCUCCCGUGGAAGCUCGUCUCCUUCUCUUGAAUCUCAGUACCUGUCGUCCGUGGAAUCCUUCGGGAGCCCGCCCACCACCGGCGCACCGCACGAGUGUGUUACUGCCACUGGUGGGGUAGGGGUGGGUGGAGGGUCAGCUGGCACCGGGGCAGGGGUGGACAUGCCCAGCUCAUUUGUACCCACAGUGACGGCCAUCACCACCAGCCAAGAUCUACAGUGGAUGGUGCAGCCCACUCUCAUCUCCUCCAUGGCGCCAGGGCAAAGCAGCACAGGCUCCAGCACCAUGAUGCAGCCUGUUGCCUUGGAUCCUUAUGACCUGCCAGGCACAAGCUAUUCUACUAGUGGAGGCUUCACCCCACCAAGCUGUGAUACUCCUGGUCCAGUGCGACAGUCUCGGAGCCGGCGCCGAACACGAGAUGAAACGCUGAACCCUGAGGAGGAUGAGAAAAGACGUGUUAGACGAGAGAGAAAUAAACUGGCUGCCGCUAAGUGUAGGAACCGUCGGCGUGAGCUCACAGACAGGUUACAGUCGGAGACAGACGUGUUGGAGGAGGAGAAGGCUGAGCUAGAGGCAGAGAUAUCUGAGCUGCAAAAGGAGAAGGAGCGUCUGGAGUUUGUCCUGGUUGCGCACCAGCCUGGCUGUAAAAUCCCCUAUCAGGACCAGCCGCCUGCGCAACUGCAGCAGACAUCCCCACAGACAGCUUCUGUCUCUGUGGUAGGCUUGACUGUGAAGGAGGACUCUUUCUACCUGCCACCCUCCUACUCGUCCCACCACCACCACGUCCCGGUAUCACAGCCCACGCCGACACAGCCAGUCCCAGCACUUCAGCAAGGGAUGAUGCAGGAGGUAGCCUUUUCUAGUUUUUUCUAUGGGCAGGGCCAGCCGGUGCCGGACGGCCCGUGCCUUGUUGCCGACGGUGGCGGUAACCCUGACGCCGGCAGCUACAUCCCCUCAUACACAUCUUCAUUUGUGUUCACCUACCCAGAGGGAGCCUGCGGGGUCAGCGCUAACCAACGAACCAGCAGCAGCGAUCAGUCCUCUGAUUCCCUGAACUCACCCUCGCUUCUUGCACUUUGAGAGCUCUGCAUCUCUCUGCCUCCGCUUCCCUAUUAACAAAAACACAAAUAUGCAUAAACAAAUUCUAAAUAUUGAAUUUGCAUUGUUCUGUUGCAGAUGAACUGGGCUCGACAACCCACGUUCAGCAAGGUUGUAUUAAUCUUUUACAACCUCAUACAUUAAGGCCCUGAUAUUUUAAAUUAAGAUGCGUUAGCAUCUGAAUGACUUCAUCAGAUUAUGUAAGUGUAUAUUAAUUCACAAUGAAUUCAGGCUUAAUAUCGAGAUGAGUCACUGGCCCAUGCACACAAACUCUCACACACUUAAAUUGUCAUUGGUUUGUGACACAUAACAAUGAAAACACAUUAGCACACUCCCCCUUGCUUCUAUAUUUUCUUGCUCCAGCUUACAUUGGUGUACCAUCUCCCUUCUCUCUCUAUCCAUGCCAGUUGCCUGCAGUGUAUUUGUCUAAGCAAAAAAGGCAGCAAUGAACUUCUGUGUCUUUUGUGGGUUUUGUUUUUAUUGGGCCAGAUUGCCUUGCUACACUUCUCUCUUCAUCCAGUUCAUCCACACAUCGUCUGAAUUCUAUGACAAAAAGACAUUGACAUUACUCUCUAGCUACCUAUCUAUCUCUUUAUUCUUCCUCCGUUGUCCAUCUCCACACCUGUUUCUCCUCUCUCCUGUCUCUAUGUACCUCUGAUUCUCUCUGAAGUCUUCAGCCCCCGAGAGCCCGUUGGACCCUGAAAGCCCAUGGAACCUUGAGUGAGUGCCAGCCCACCCCACCACCACAAACUCUCCUCGCAUGGACCGGCCUGCUGCACUGCAUAGUGGAACCUCAAAGCCUUUCACAAUGAGCAGAUAUUUUAAAACACCUUAACUAACCAGCGACAGCAUGCAGAUCAAACAACUGCACAUGCCAUCUCAGAUGCUACACAGGCUAAAGGGACGGGACACUUUAUAAUUCCUUAGUGCUGAGUAUUUUAUUAAAUGAGUGAAGACACAGUGUAGACUUUGGCAUGGCCAGCAAAGGAGCUUCAACAGGCAGGCGAUAAAAGAGGUCUUGGAGUCUGAAGGUAUGAGAUGGUUAGAAAUUAGAAUCUUAGUCUGUUGGAUUGAGUAUCCAUAUGACCUGCUCAGCAGUUGCACCACAUGUCAUCUCUUGCUGGUCCUCAUAUUUCUGAGAGCUUUGAUAAAAUGUUACACCCUUUCCACUUUAUUGAGAGAGUAAGAGGGGCUUUUUUUAAUGUUAAGUUCUGUGUUUCAAUGAUAGUAUUAACUCUGAAAAAAAAGAGGCUUUACAGAUGACUGCAAACAAGGGUGGCUCUUAUUGUUAUAGUGCCACCAUUAGUGUCAAUCAGUGACUGAUUGAAAAGAAAGAAAGACCAAAAAAAGACAAGAUAAUCUCUUGGUUUUGAAUGAGUGGCAUUUGUGCUUCUAAAAGUCCUUGACAUCAUCCUUGAGUUGUGGAUCUGGUUUAGCACAGCUCUAGGCUUUGAUUGUGAAUGGAAGUCACAGAGGACUACAUUUCCACUUUAUUUCUUUAAGGGGGUUGUUUAAGAGGGAAGAAAAAAGCACAAACGCUGGCUACAGACAAAAGGAAGAAGUGGAACAGUGCCCUAAACGCUGGGAUGUGCUUAUGAAUAUGAACCGUUUACUUUUCUGUGAUGUUUUGAGUUCCUGAUUUUUUUAUUAUGCUUUUUCUCUAUUGCUCUUGAUUGUGUCGUUGCUGCCAAUUGUAAACCCUUUGCUGAUCCUCACUGUAAAUGUUGUCUUACAGCAAUUAUCACAGUUAUUUUUUAUUAUGGCUAUUAUUAUUAUUUCAUAGUUAUCUCAUAUUGGCAACCUAAAAGGCAUGUUGUGCACUAUGAACCUUUUUAUGUUAUCACUUAUAUGUAAACUAUACAUUAUGUAUGCAUUUAUAUAUAUUUACAUAUUUAGUGUGUGUAUAUAUAUAUAUAUAUAUAUAUAUAUAUAUAUAUAUAUAUAUAUAUAUAUACACAAUGAUUGUAAUGUAAUGUAUGAAUGUUCAGAAAAUGUUAUUUUUGUCAAUGAAGAUACAAGGGAGAGCUUGAUGCACUUGGUUCUUGUUUAAACAUAUAUAUAUUUUUCUAUUAUAAAUAAUAAAUAAUAACAGUCCACAUUUCCCUUAAUAUGAAAAGCAUUCUCACUGCCUUUCAUACAAACUGUGUCAAAUGACUAUGAUGGUUUGUGGAUGCUGUCCACUGCUUUUUGCUGUGCUUGAUUUGUCAACAUGAGGUUGGUUUCACAGCCCAUCUUCAUCAACCCCUGUGGACAAAACACACUGGACGCAAAAAUAUCUAUCAAUGCAAAAUAAAUAAAAAUGCUAAAGAAAAAAAUACUGAAAUGGAUUGAUUGUCUCAAUGUAUACUUCAGCUGUGAAUUAAGCAUUGGUGUUGUAUUUCAUAUUGAUUUAUCAUGUCCAGUGUGCGCUGUCUACCCCUUUUGAGUGUGUGUAAUAUUCAGGGCUUGAUGGACAAAUUUAGGCCUGCCCUAUAUAUUCAAGCUAUGGACAUGAUCAGAAUAUUAUGCUUACCUACAUCAUACAUAGUUGCAAGUAUUUUUUUUUAAAACAGAUGAGGGCCAUUGUUCUUAAUGACUUUGUGUAUGAGAUGAAAAAGAUAAUAUCUGUACAGUUGUUUAAAUUGAAAUGCCUUUUCAUGUUACAUUUAUAUACACAAGUGCACCAUUGUUUUUGUGUCAAAUUAAGUCCAAUUUUAUAGGGUCAAAGAUGGAGAGAACUGUAGGACAACAGUCUGUCCAGUAGAGCCAUUUAAUGAAAUAAUGUUCUCAUUUAGUAGUGAAAACUGAAUUAUGACACCUCAAGAGCUGUGUCACGAAACUUAAUGAAGGUAGAACUGUAAUUUCACAAAGUUGGACAUUAUAUUAUAUCGAAAAUAAUUAUUUAACCAAUUUUGUGCAAUAUAGUUUCAUGCUAUAACAUUAUAUUGAUAUCAAAUCAACAUUUCUUUAUAGCAGUUGGUGCUUUUGUUACUCCUAUGCCAAAACAUAUUGUUACUGUAUCUUUGAUGAUAGACCUGACUCUGAUAUGAUUGCUCAAGGAUAUGUGAAGUGUUAGUUAAAUGAUACAGUAUCAGUGACUCUGUGGUCUUCCACUUUGCAAAAACUCUUUAUUAGACUAAAUUGCACAAUAAUGACUAUAAUGUUCUAGCUAUGAUCAUUCGAGGUAUUUUCAAAUUCACAGUGCUUUGAAUUGGCACAGUGGACUGCAAUAUAUCAGAUACUCUUCUAGGAGAACCAUGUAGCAAAUCAACAAAAUUGUGUGAUAAAGAACAGAGACAACUUGUUUUCUAGUUUGCCUAAUGUAUGGAUGGUAAUACAUUAUAAGGUUGUUAAAGUCUGUGCCUCCUUGCUCAGUGUGCAUACUUCGAUAGGUAGUAUCUUCUAAUGGACAGUGAUAUAUAGUGAUCAUGGUCUAGUGUUACAACCACUUGUUUCAGAUACAUGUUUGCCUUUUUUUUAAGUGAAAUUAAAGAAAGGUGUAAAUAAGGAACAUUGCAAAAUAUUUAAAACUGAAAAAUAUAGUGCUUUUCAAUACUAUGUGUCUUUGUAUAUUCUUGAUUAAGAACACAGAUGGCAGUCUGAGAGCUUUGAUGUCACAGCUAAGGAUACUCAUGAUUUCUUUAGAACACUGGUGAAUUAUACAACCUGCCAUUACUGCGUCUUUCUCCAAUUAAUUUCACUUCAUGUUAUAAUUGUAUCCCUUUAAUGAACAGAGAAGGACUUUUCAUAUUGUUACAUUGACUGUGAAAACUAGGUGUACUGUCCUAUCUUAAUAUCUUUGAAUGA